UGGUUUUGAGACACAGCUGGACUGACAGCUCUGUAUAGGAACAGCCAAAGACACUCGAGCCGAAUCAUUUCUUCUCUUCAAUGGCUCUUAUUGAAAGGCUUUAACUGUGGAGAGCUGCUCCUUAUUCCGGCCUUCAUGUCAAGCCUUUGGGAUAGUGUGCGUUCCGCAUUUCCCACUGUCCGCCCAUAGCUUGUCCAUGUCGGUCCGGCGCUUCUCGGGGGUCAUGGAGAGCUCCUGGUCCGCCGAGCCCAGGGAGCUGUUCGAGGCCUGCAGGAGCGAAGACCUGGAGCGGGUGAAGAAGCUCGUGUGCCCGGUGAAUGUGAACAGCAGGGACACCGCAGGGAGGAAAUCCACCCCGCUGCACUUCGCUGCGGGUUUUGGCCGUAGAGAUGUGGUGGACUACCUCCUUCAGCACGGAGCAAACGUGCACGCUCGUGAUGAUGGUGGCCUCAUCUCACUCCACAACGCCUGCUCGUUUGGUCACGCUGAAGUCGUCAACCUGCUCCUGCAACACGGGGCCGAUGCCAACUCCAGAGACAACUGGAAUUACACCCCGCUGCACGAGGCUACCAUCAAGGGCAAGAUCGACGUCUGCAUUGUUUUGCUGCAACAUGGUGCUGAGCCAACGAUCCGAAACACUGAUGGAAGGACAGCGCUUGACCUGGCUGAGCCCUCCACCAAAGCUGUACUGACCGGUGACUAUAGAAAAGAUGAACUCCUCGAGAGCGCACGAAGUGGAAAUGAAGAAAAACUGAUGAGCCUCCUCACACCAUUAAAUGUGAACUGUCACGCUAGUGAUGGAAGGAAGUCCACGCCUCUGCAUCUGGCCGCGGGUUAUAAUCGUGUGAAGACAGUGCAGCUGUUGUUGCAGCAUGGAGCCGACGUGCACGCUAAAGACAAAGGUGAUCUUGUGCCUCUUCAUAACGCCUGUUCAUACGGUCACUAUGAGGUAGCUGAGUUGCUUGUAAAGCAUGGUGCUUGUGUCAAUGCUAUGGACCUGUGGCAGUUCACACCUUUACACGAGGCAGUCUCAAAAAACAGAGUGGAGGUCUGUUCGCUCCUGCUCAGCUACGGCGCCGACCCCACCUUCCUCAACUGCCACAACAAGAGCGCCAUCGAUCUGGCCCCGACCGCUCUGCUGAAAGAGCACCUGGCGUAUGAGUUCAGAGGUCAUGCUUUGCUGCAGGCGGCACGUGAGGCGGACAUGGCCCACUUUAAAAAACACCUCUCCCUUGAGACCAUCAACUUCAAACACCCUCUAACCCAAGAAACAGCUCUACAUUGUGUCUCCACGUCGCCCUAUCCCAAGAGGAAACAGAUCUGUGAAUUGCUGCUCCGGAAAGGCGCCAACGUCAAUGAGAAGAAUAAAGACUUCCUCACACCUCUGCAUCUUGCCGCUGAGAAGUCCCACAAUGACAUCAUCGAGGUGUUGGUGAAACACGAGGCGAAGGUGAAUGCAGUAGAUAACCUGGGUCAGACGGCGCUGCACUGCGCGGCUCACUGCGGCCAUCUGCAGACCUGUCGAAUGCUCCUGAGUGCUGGAGGUGACCCGCUCAUCACCUCCCUACAGGGCUUGUCACCCUCCCAGCUCGCCAAUGAAAGCAUUCAGGAGAUACUGCAAGAGGGAGCAUGCACAGGUAACUCCGAUACAGACAGGCAGCUGUUAGAAGCCUCCAAAUCAGGAGAUCUGGAAGUCGUAAAGAAGCUCUGUACUCUUCAGAACGUGAACUGUAGAGACGUUGAGGGAAGGCAGUCCACACCUCUGCACUUCGCUGCGGGAUACAACCGUGUGGCUGUGGUGGAGUAUCUGCUGCAGCACGGAGCCGAUGUACAUGCUAAAGACAAGGGUGGUCUGGUUCCCUUGCACAAUGCCUGUUCUUAUGGGCAUUAUGAGGUGGCAGAGCUCCUCGUCCUUCAUGGUGCUGUGGUUAACGUGGCCGACCUCUGGAAGUUCACCCCACUGCAUGAGGCGGCCGCCAAGGGCAAAUAUGAGAUCUGCAAACUGCUGCUUCAGCAUGGUGCUGACCCGACCAAAAAGAACCGUGAUGGAAACACCCCUCUGGACUUGGUGAAGGACGGAGACACAGACAUUCAGGAUCUGCACAGGGGUGACGCAGCACUGCUGGACGCCGCCAAGAAAGGCUGCUUAUCUCGCGUUAAAAAGCUCUGCACUCCAGACAACGUGAACUGUCGUGACACGCAGGGGCGGCACUCCACACCGCUGCACCUGGCAGCUGGCUAUAAUAAUCUGGAGGUGGCUGAAUAUCUGCUGCAACACGGGGCAGAGGUGAACUCUCAGGAUAAAGGUGGUCUCAUUCCCCUCCAUAAUGCUGCAUCUUAUGGGCAUGUGGAUGUGGCCGCUUUGCUCAUCAAGUACAACGCAUGCGUCAAUGCUACAGAUAAGUGGGCGUUCACUCCUUUGCACGAGGUGGCGCAGAAAGGCAGGACCCAGUUGUGUGCGCUGCUUCUAGCGCACGGGGCCGACCCCACGCUCCGCAACCAGGAAGGCCAGUCGCCGCUGGACCUCGUAACGGCGGACGAUGUCCGAGCUCUCCUCACAGCAGCCAUGCCCCCCUCAGCGCUGCCGGUGUGCUAUAAACCCCAGGUUAUCAGCGUCUCUGCGUCUGUGGCGGUGGUGCCGUCGACUCUCAACUCGAGUCCAACACCGCUCUCUUCAAACUCCAGUAUGGACGGCCAGUCCGGGACCUUCCCUGAGCUAAACACUCUACUACCGCCUUCUGGAGCUGAAGGAGCUGUAGGCAUAGAGUUAAAAGAGGAGGGUCUAGCUGUAGAGUUGAGUAUCAGCCAGUUCCUUCACAACCUGGGAUUGGAGCAUUUGUUGGAGAUCUUUGACAGAGAACAGAUAACUCUGGACGUCCUGGUGGAAAUGGGCCACAAAGAGCUGAAGGAGAUUGGCAUCAACGCUUACGGUCACAGACACAAGAUCAUCAAAGGAGUGGAAAGACUUAUUAGUGGUCCUCAGAGUUUAAACCCUUACUUGACCCUGAACACGACCAACAGUGGAACAAUACUGAUAGACCUCUCUCCAGAUGACAAGGAGUUUCAGUCGGUUGAGGAGGAGAUGCAGAGUACGAUUAGGGAACGCAGGGAUGGCGGUCAUGCGGGUGGGGUUUUCAACAGAUACAACAUUGUGAAGAUCCAGAAGGUGUGCAACAAGAAGCUGUGGGAGAGAUACACCCAUCGCAGAAAGGAAGUUUCUGAGGAGAACCACAACCAUUCCAAUGAACUCAUGCUCUUCCAUGGGUCACUGUUCGUAAACGCCAUCAUUCACAAGGGCUUCGACGAGAGGCAUGCGUACAUUGGUGGAAUGUUCGGGGCUGGGAUCUACUUCGCGGAAAACUCUUCCAAAAGCAACCAGUACGUUUAUGGAAUAGGAGGAGGAACGGGGUGCCCUCUUCACAAGGACAGGUCAUGCUACAUGUGUCAGAGGCAUCUUCUGUUCUGUCGGGUGACUUUGGGGAAGUCUUUCCUGCAGUUCAGCGCGAUGAAGAUGGCCCACUCGCCACCAGGACACCACUCAGUCACUGGCCAGCCCAGUGUCAAUGGUCUCGCUCUGGCUGAGUACGUCAUCUACAGAGGAGAGCAGGCUUAUCCUGAAUAUUUGAUCACGUACCAGAUCAUCAAACCGGACGGUUCUUCAGAUUAACACACAGGAGCAGAAACACGAUGCUCUUUCCAUCUCAGACGAGAGAAACUGCUUGUUUAUUGCAUGCUUUAUUUAUACAGUGAAUAAUUAUUUUCUCUUCCUACAGCUGUCUGCUUUUGUCUAAUUUAAAGCAACUUAUUAAUCAAAUUUCAGACGCAACAAGUCUCACGGGUUCAGUCAUUUACACUGGUUACAAAACUUCCAUUUCCUAACGUCACAAAGUUUCACUUAUUUAUUCUACAAAGACAAUUGUAUAUAUAUUUUGUACUAAUUGAUUUAUUGAUGUUUGUAUCAUAAGAGUUUUAUGCCUGAGUUGUAAAUGUUUGCCACUAUGCUGCAGUUUUCAGUGUGAAUACAGGGUCUUUUAAAGGUUAUUUGGUGGCAUCAGACCAGUUGAAAAGCAUCCAGUAUUCAGGAUAAAGAAUAUUUGGCAGAACAGGACGAGACUUAAUCCAAGUAUCAAAUUAUCUUACAAUGUCCUCGUCUGUUGUUGCCCUCCAAAAAAGUAUGACUUUAACUCUGCCAUGAUGUGUUACUCUGCGGAACGAGAAGACAAACUUAGUUUAUUCUCACUCUGCAAUGUAUUGGUGCUCGACUGAAUCAUUUCUGGGUUUUGAUAUGAAAAUGCUGUUUUUGUCACAAUAGUCCAGGAGUACUUGUACCCUGUUGUGCAUGAACAUGAACAACUCUUGUAAUGUCAUGUCUAAGAUGUGUUUACUUUGUCGUCAAAACAACAGCGUCGAUAACAUUAUGAUCAAUUAAAGAGACGCUUUUUAUCAUUCUCCUGCAUUGUUUCUGUCAUCAUCACACAACGUUAGCCUGCUCCAGCAUCUCAAUGUGAGCAUUUGUGAAACUAACAAAUGUCCAACAGGGGGCACUAUUGUACUAAAAGUCGUUUUAGCUUUAAAGCGUUGCUUCUGGCUAACAGUCCACAAUCCAUAAUAAUGCUUCCUUCAGUGAAAAAGUCGAUCCGCUGUUGUCCUCUCACAUCAAAAUCCAAAGACAUUUGUUUAGAACUGAUUUCGCUUAUAAACAGUGCUUAAUUGGUGCGUAUAUCUCUGCUGAUUCUGACAAGGUGACAACUGGAGAAAGCAAUUGUAUUUUAGCCGGAAGCAACCAUUUGAAAUUGACCCUUUGCAA